CCGACACUCGGCCGGGAGCAAGGUCAUGGUCAGUCCCACACCGACCUCCACGCGGCUGUCACUGGGCACCGUCACAUGGUGGAAAAGGCGACCUCGAUCGCGGCUUCCGGUUUCUAGGGCAUCGCCUAGAGGAUCCUGCCGAGCUCGGCUCUUUGCUCCGCUGACUCUUAACCGGCCACUUUCGUUGACAAUUCGACCCGUUUCUGGGACAACGUACCCCUUCACCUGAGAUCCUCGACCUUUUUUACGUCGAUGACAACCUUUUUCCACGGUGUUGUUCGGGAAUUCUUAGCGAACGGUGUGUUGCCAGUCGUCAUUUAAAGCCGGAGAACUUGGAGAUUUCAGAAGUUUCAAGUGCCCGAAGUGGACGAACAGCGGAUGCUUCGAGAGAAUUUCGAGUAUUAUGUGUCCCCGUAUCAGGAAUCCGAGGAAUCUGUGGAGUGUGUGACCUGUGAAAGGACAAUAGGGAAUUUUCGGUGGAAAAAUGGAGAACAGUGAAUUGGUUGGUUUGUCGAGAUUGUUGUCGAUAGACAUGGACGUGGAGCAUUAUAGUUGAGUGCACCGGUCGAUCGAGAAUGUUCUAGACAUCUGCAUACGAUCCGCUGUCUCUCAGGAAGUAGAAGACCGAUAGAAGAAAGUAUAGGAAUAGAAAAUGGGAAUCGAGAGCGUGUUGGCGGGCGGUUUGACCUCGGCUACCACCGGUCUCUCGUGGUUUCUUCCGGUGCUGGCUGCAGUGCUCGUGUACUUCCAAUACGAAGUUUUAGACAAUGAAGCCCCACCAAUUAAUAUACCUUCAGAAGUGCUCCUGCCAUCUUACGAUUUUAUUGUCAUAGGAUCUGGUUCUUCAGGAGCUGUCGUAGCAAGUCGACUUUCCGAGAUAGAAAACUGGAAUGUUCUUCUCCUGGAAGCUGGGGGCGACGAAACCGAAAUCUCAGAUGUUCCUCUUCUUGCUGGCUAUUUGCAACUCAGCAAACUCGACUGGCAAUACAAGACGGAACCUGAUGAAGGUUCCUGUCUAGCAAUGGAAGGUGGACGCUGCAAUUGGCCCCGCGGCAAAGUGGUCGGCGGCAGCAGCGUCCUGAACUACAUGCUCUACCUGCGCGGCAACAAGAAAGACUAUGACAUCUGGGAGCAACAGGGGAACCCAGGCUGGGGAUCCAGGGACGUACUCUAUUACUUUAAGAAGUCCGAGGACAACCAGAACCCGUACCUGACGCAGACGCCGUACCAUUCGACCGGAGGGUACCUGACGGUGCAGGAAUCACCAUGGCACACACCUCUAGCUGCAGCCUUUGUGCAGGCUGGCCAGGAAAUGGGAUACGAGAACAGGGACAUAAACGGCGAGCAUCAAACUGGGUUCAUGAUCGCUCAGGGAACCAUCAGAAGAGGAAGUCGAUGCUCGACUGCGAAGGCGUUCCUAAGGCCAGCCAGGCUGCGCAAGAACCUGCACGUUGCCAUGUACUCCCACGUGACCAAGAUCUUGAUCGACCCUAAGUCCAAAAGGACCUACGGUGUAGAGUUCGUCAGAAACGAAAAGGUGUUUCGGAUAAGGGCCAAAAAGGAAGUCAUCGUGUCCGCGGGAUCGGUGAACUCUCCCCAGCUGCUGAUGCUUUCAGGUAUAGGUCCCAGAGAAGAACUGAUGCAACACGGCAUUCCAGUGAUCCAGAACCUCAAGGUCGGCCACAACCUCCAAGACCACGUAGGCCUGGGAGGACUAACAUUCAUGGUAAACCAGCCAAUCUCCAUGGUGGAGAAGCGACUGUACAGCGUUCAAGCAGUGAUGCAGUACGCAGUCCUCGGCGACGGUCCCCUAACGGUGUUAGGCGGGGUAGAAGGUCUGGCUUUCGUCAACACGAAGUACGUGAACGCCUCCGACGACUUCCCCGACAUCGAGCUGCACUUCAUAUCAGGAUCGACUAAUUCCGAUGGAGGAAGACACAUCAGGAAGAUUCACGGACUCACGAAGCGGUUCUACGACGCCGUCUUCGGUCCCAUAAGCGACAAGGACGUCUGGAGCGUGCUGCCCAUGCUUCUGCGACCCAAGAGCAAGGGCUACAUCAAGCUCCGCAGCAAAAAUCCGUUCGAUCAUCCUCUGAUUUAUCCCAACUAUUUCAAAGAGCCAGAAGACGUGGCUACUUUGGUCGAAGGUGUGAAAAUAGGCGUCGCCCUUAGCAGAACCGCUGCCUUCAGGAGGUUUGGCAGCGAGCUCAACUCGAAAAGCUUCCUUGGCUGCAGACACCUGCCCAUGUACAGUGAUCCCUACUGGGAGUGCAUGAUCAGGCAGUAUUCGGCGACCAUCUACCACCCUGUCGGCACCUGCAAGAUGGGACCAUACUGGGACCCCGAGGCUGUCGUCGACCCCCAAUUGAGGGUCUACGGGGUCAGCGGACUGCGGGUCAUCGACGCAUCCAUUAUGCCGAACCUGGUCAGUGGAAACACUAAUGCGCCGACUAUAAUGAUUGCCGAGAAGGGGUCUGACAUGAUCAAGGAGUACUGGUUGAAACGAGGAGCAGAGAGGGUGAAGCUCUAGGUGAAUCUGACAUGUUUUGGAAGAUAGUGAAUGAACUGUUAUAGAAUAAGAUCGUGUAUAUAUAUUCGUGUAUAUGUAUAGGGUCGUAUACUAUAUAUGUACAGGAUCGUGUAUAUAAAUGUUUCUGUUUACAAUGGUGCCAGUUUGUGCACGGUUGUGUAGUUAAUAGACUUUGACUACUGUGCGCAGUGUUUUAAUCAAUUUUGAAUUGAUUAAUCGUUCAUGCAAGCGGAGAACUAACAGGAUGUUUAGAAGAUUGCUUCGAGGGCAGAACAUUGACGAAGACAUUUUCGUGUGUGCAUUGUCAGUUUAGAGGUUAGGCCUGAAACACGUUGAGCUUUCUGAUGGACAUCUUGCGAUUAGGAGAUUGAUAAUGGGUGUCUACCAAGAGACACAGCUCUCUGUCAUUGACUUUUGUACGGUGUGACUUUUGAAUUUGAUUGUAGCCUGCUGCCAUUGGUGGAUGGGACAGAUUUCUGAAUGAUAAUAAAGUGUUUUAUCAUUUGUUGAGA